UAUUCAUCUGCCGGCCGGUGCGGAUCCUGGCAAUUUAGCUCCUUGGUUGUAGGCACUUAGGCCGGGAGUUAGGAGGUUAGGGGGUACUGUGUGUAUCUUUGGAAGACAGCAAAGAAGCUUGCCAUUUCAAUUUCAACUUACGAUGAGCUCCGAGCCGGCUUUCGCUACCCUAGGAAGGAAUCACCUUCACAGAAUCAUCUGUCGCAUUUGUGCCUCCAUCCCUUUCGAUAGGCUCCCCUCCGAAGAGGAGGCCGCAUACCCGCACCAUGCCACGCUUGACGACCUUCGAUCCUCAUCGAGCAAGUGCGCUCUCUGCGCGCUGCUUAUCCAGUCCAUUAACGAGCAGGAACUGCUCCUAAAAUCAGAGAAACACCGCAGUGGCGCCCUGAUUGGGGAUUUCGCGGCCAGCCUCCAGGCCCAGGGAUACUCAAAUCCCGUGAUCAGCUAUGUCGAGUCAGUCAAGCGGCAUCAGGAUGUUCGGCUUUUGCCCGACAGGAAAUCACUCGAGGUUUUGGAUCUUGGACGGCGCCAGUCUGCUACCUUUGAGAAUGUGAAUCUUGCCAAAUACGGUGUGGUCCUUGGGGGACCCUCGGUUCAGCCUCCACAGCCCCCUGGAGUUGGUACAUUGAGUCGAUCAACUCCACGACCGUGGAUCUAUGGAAACUGGUGGCUACUGGACCAGCCCGACGAGUCAAGCAGGCCAGCUCAAACGGAAGACUACUACCGUCCCCAACUUCUUGGUAUUGGGGUGCGUCUGACAGAGUUGCCGACACCGCAUGCCUGCAAGAUGUACGACCGCCAGGUGGUCCACCGUCGAGGGAGCAGUAUCAGGAUUUUUACUGAGCUCGGUGACCCUACAGCUCAGUACAUCCCGGGCAGAAUUCGGGAGUUGUUCAGCGGCAGUCUAAAAUCCCGCGACCUCAUCCGCUUUUGGGUUCGGAAAUGCAAUGCCGGGCACAACUGCCAGCAGAAAGAGCCACCUGUCCUGCCCACAAGGGUUUUGGACGUCGGUUCACCGCCGACCAUCGAGUCGGUUCGCCUGUGGGAAACCAACGGCGCCAAAGGCCACUACAUCGCUCUCAGCCAUUCCUGGGGCGGCGCCGAUAUUCUCACCACCAAGGCGCACAACCUACGAGCCCAUAAGUCCGCCAUACCGCUAGAAUAUCUCCCGCAGACUUUCUACGACACCGUUCGGAUUGCUUAUGGCUUGGGCAUUCGCUACGUCUGGAUCGACUCCCUCUGCAUCAUCCAGGGUGACAAGGAGGACUGGGAGCGCGAAGCCCCCAAGAUGUCCAACGUCUACCAUAACGCGUACCUCACCGUGUCGGCCUCACACGCCCUCAACGCGCUCGAGGGCUGUUUCCCGCGCUUUCGGAUGUUCAAGUACACCCCGAUGGACAACUUGUCGACAGGCAUCUCUGGCGAAUGGGACCACCUCGAUUUUGUCCCGGUCGAUGCGUCGACAUCCUUCCGACGGCGCGCAAAGCUGUAUUUCCACAAGGGCUGGAUGCCCCCGUCCUCAAUCAAAAGCCCAACCGUCUAUCGAAACGGCAAUUUCGGCGACAAAUGCGACCCUAUUUCCCUAGAAAUGCUGAGCUCGCGGGCGUGGACGCUCCAGGAACGCCUCCUAUCGCCACGCAUACUUCACUUUGGAAGGGACCAGAUGUAUUGGGAGUGCCAGCGCUGCUUCAUGGCAGAAGAUGGAUCUCGCUUCGAUCCGACAACAUUUUCCCUCGAGCAGGUGAUACAGACCCAAACCCUUGACCCUACUGAGGAAAGCAAAGCUCAGUACCUUGCAUUCACCGCCGAGGCCAAGGUAGAAAACUCUUGGGAGGAGGGUCGUUUCAAAGGCGGCUGGCCAUGGGUGGUGACGGAUUUUAGCAGGCGCCGGCUUACAGUUCCCGACGACAAGCUGCCUGCCUUAUCCGGCCUGGCGUCCAUCAUCGCGGCCAGGACGGGGGACACGUACAUGUGUGGCCUGUGGAAGCGCCACAUAUGCCACGAUCUCUGCUGGAAGGUGGAUCGAUCCCAGGAGACUGAGAUGAGCAUGCGUGUGUGGGACAUGCGCCUCGAGCCGAGCGAGGAUCUCAACAAGCCGAAUCUCGCCAGCAGCCAGGUAGUGUUCCGGGAUGCCUCAAAACCACUCGAGGUGCAGAGGGUUCCGGGGCGCGCACCUUCGUGGUCUUGGGCCUCGAUGGACGCUCCCGUGCAGUUCGAACAGAUCCAGGGCAACUUUAUCGUGGCCCGGCUUGUCAGUCACGAGAUUCAACCCCUUGGGAAGGACAAACACGGCCGUGUCUCGUCAGGAUUUAUCGUCCUCCAUGCACCUUUGGUUCCCAUGACCCGUCGAGACCUCAAAGCCAGUACUGAAUGGAUUCGUACCAGCUACGACAGCCGCCACCCCUUUGAGACUCCGGUUCAGAUCUUUAAAGACGGCGAAAUAGCCCCUGGGUUCGCAACGUUCGACGUCCAAGAGUUCUUUCCGUGCUUUGCGGCCUUCAUCGACUCGGCGUGCGCGCUAGUGUUGAAAGCCUCCAGUGCCCAGAACGGCGAGUUCCAACGUAUCGGCCUUGCCACGUUCAUCCGGACGCAGAGCCAGAAAAACUCGCUGGCCAAGGGACCUGAUGCCCCUAUAAUGCAGUCGAGCAAGCAUUCGCAGGGGCCAAUCCAGCAGAGCGACGAACGGUCGUUUGUUCGGAUUGUCUAGAAGUCCUUGACAAUGCUAGUUGGGUACUAGUAACUAGCACCCGGACUCUACAGUGGUAUUCGGAAGAUGGGGACAACGAGGUUACCCCUUCAUUAGAGGGUCGGUAAUGGCAAGGGCGAGGUCGAUCGCAAGCCAUAUCGAGGAUGUUCCGGGCGGCGAAAUCGAGAGGAUAGCAGGGUAUAUAUAUUGAUCUCCGGAAAAUUACAGCACACAACACUGUCUUGGCGUCGGCAGCCAUCGCAACAGCGCGAGGAUCGUGCCGGAUUGGGGUGGGAAUGCUAUGCCGGACUUUUGCUAAAC